AUGGUUGUGACUAGGUCACGCUCGAAAAACAAUCGACCCGCUGGAUCGAAGGAUCGAUCAAAAGAAAGGUACUUUCAUUUCUUGUUUUUGAUAUAAUCCAAAAAAUCGAUUUUUUCUCUCAAUAGAUUCAUGUAUCGACCCCGUUCGCAAUUCGAUGACUCAGAUGCUUAUGUUGGCUAUCGACCAAUCGAUCACUAUCUUCAAUCAGACUGCCUUCUAACUCAAGAAGAACUCCAACGAUUAGAUGAACACGUAUAUUCAGCUGUUGACACAUCUUGGUUAGAUGAAUUAUGUAUGAAAGAGUUUUGGAAUCGAGUUGUCGAGUAUUAUCCUCUUUGGGUUGCACCAAAUCUUUUGACAUUGGUUGGACUCAUUAUAAAUCUAACAACCGUUCUCAUCCUCUCAUUUUACUGUCCAACAGCAACUGAAACUGCUCCAUCAUGGGCUUAUUUCACAGCAGCUUUGGGAUUAUUUAUCUACCAAACUCUUGAUGCAACAGGUAUUAAAAUUGUGUGAAUAAAAACAAAUGAAUUUAAAAAUUUCAGAUGGUAAACAAGCUCGUCGAAUUGGCGCAUCUUCUCCACUCGGCGAACUUUUCGACCAUGGUUGUGAUUCAGCUUCCCAAGUCUUCGUCACUUUAAAUGUGUGCUAUGCUUUACAGCUUGGAAGUGUAAAAUGCGGAGUAUUUGUAACUUGUCUCAUCUCAGUUUCUCUAUUUUAUACAGCCCAUUGGAGUACUUAUUGUACCGGUCAACUCCGAUUCUCUCGCUUUGAUGUUAUCGAAGCGCAAAUGUCGAUUAUUGCGUUGCUCGUUGCAACUGCAAUUUUCGGACCAGGAAUUUGGAGUAUUGGAGUUCUCGGAUAUACGUUGAAACAUUUGAUGUUGAUCGCAGCGUUUAUCGGAUUUGUUUAUCAAGCUGCCGGAUAUUUUAAUGUGAUUUUCACAGAUGGAGUUGGCAAAAAUGGCUCAACUGGUGAGGUUUUUUAUAAAAGUAAGAUUUAAGGUAAUCAAUACAUAUAAUUGCAGUUGCUGGUACAUCAGUCAUCUUUCCAUUAUUCCCUCUUCUCGCCGUUCUUAUUCCAUAUUGCAUGAUUUAUUCGAAAUCUAACUCUACAAUUUUCGAUGAUACAAUCGUUGUUUUCGUUUUACAAUUCGGAAUAGUGGCUGCAAAAGCAACAAAUCGAUUAAUUGUUGCACAUAUGAGUCGAAGUGAAUUAGCUCUUUGGGAUUGGAUAUAUAUUGGACCAAUCAUGCUUAUGCUAAAUCAAUAUUAUGAUUUCGCUUUUAAUGAGAAGACCCUCUUACAUUAUACAACUGUAUAUGUCUACAUUUCAUUCCUCGUUUAUUUUGUUUUCAUAACUCGUCAAAUCUGCGAUUAUAUGGGAAUUUACUGUUUCACAGUCACCCGAAAAUCCAGCAAAACAAAAUAA